AGGCCCACUCCUUCCUAAUUACUGCGCCUAUAAUUAUCGUCAACUACCUCCAUCUAACUGAAUAAAUAAUCUCAACCCUCCCCUGCCCCUCACUCAAUUCAUCCUUACAAGACCAUCUUUCGUCUUUAUAUAUGCCAUUCUAUCAAAGCAACAGCAGAAGUGGCAUAACAUUUCAGCAAUGGCUACUGUCCAGCUCAAGUCAGACUUUAUUUUUGAGCUUUUGAAGCGGUUCCUUCAGACCGACGAGGGUAUUGCUGUUAAAAACAAGGUUAACCUUGUCUAUCAAUUCAACCUCGCCCCCGAGAAAAUUGGGAAGGAUGAGGUGAGUUAUACUAUUGAUUUCAAAAAGGGCGAGGUUAUCAAAGGGCCGUACGAAGGAGGGAAGCCUGAUACCACAUUUACCCUAAGGGAUGAAGAUUUUGUGAAGCUUGCUGAUGGAAAGUUGAAUCCCCAGAUUGCGUUCAUGAGGGGUGCAUUGAAGGUCAAGGGUAGUUUGAGUGCUGCGCAGAAAUUCACCCCUGGCAUCUUCCCCAAGCGUCCUAAGCUGUGAGCUGCUACUGGGAGACUAUACAACCGGUUGAAAGCUGUCCAUCAACGUCUGUUAUUGUUGAUGAAUUCAUAAAUUGUUGGUUUUUUUCAUUUAACAGGGGACUGGAUUGGAGGCUGUAAGCCUAGAACAAUCUUUAUAGUCAUAAAGCUCCACAAUCCUCUCUGUUUAUCAAUUUACAUGCUCUUGUUUCUUGGACUAAAAAUCAUUAGAUUGUGCAAUCCUUGGUUUGUUU